CGCAGCGCGCACUCUCUCCCUCACCACGGUGUCGGUCGGACGGUCCUCCGCGCUCGCGCUCCCCGCCACUUCGCUACUUCGCGUGCCGGCACGGCGUGUGACGUCCGCGUCGUGACAGUGAUCAGUGAUUCCUCCGCGUGUGUGUGCGUGUGUGCUGUGAAGUGCCUCUACAGUGUAGUGCUCUCAGUGCGAUCGGUUUGUGUUUGUGACGCCCCGUGGAGUUUUGUACGACUUGUGACGCUGGCAGCAAUGCGUUCUGACAGCAGUGCAGUGAUGUUGUGAAUCGAGUGGAUUACCCGCGAGCAUCCCACGGAUUAACCAGUGUCUUCGCCAUGGGUCUCUCCGACACCGACCGCAUGUGCCCCUUCGAGGUGGUGCCCCACCCGGCGCCCGCGCCGGCCCCGGAGUCCACGUCGGGCGCCCCCUACAUGGACACGGCCGUCACGUCGCCGCCCAGGGACCCGCAGAAGACCGCGCAGCACGCGCAGCGGGACCUGCAGAGGGACUCGGAGCUCAAAAUAGAGUUUGACGGCACCACCGUGCUGUGCAGGGUGUGCGGCGACAAGGCGUCCGGCUUCCACUACGGCGUGCACUCGUGUGAAGGAUGCAAGGGCUUCUUCCGGCGGUCCAUCCAGCAGAAGAUCCAGUACCGGCCGUGCACCAAGAACCAGCAAUGCUCUAUCUUGAGGAUCAACCGGAACCGGUGCCAGUACUGCCGCCUCAAGAAGUGCAUCGCCGUCGGCAUGAGCAGAGACGCCGUGAGAUUCGGGCGGGUGCCAAAGCGGGAGAAGGCGCGCAUCCUGGCCGCCAUGCAGCAGAGCUCCAACUCGCGGUCCGCCGAGAAGGCCGUGGCCGCCGAGCUGGAGGACGAGUCCGCCCUGUUCAGCACGGUGGUGCGCGCCCACCUCGACACGUGUGACUUCACCCGCGAGAAGGUGGAGCCCAUGCUGGCCCGCGCCCGCGAGCAGCCCUCCUACACCGCCUGCCCGCCCACCCUGACGUGCCCGCUGAACCCCAACCCGGUGCCGCUGUCCGGCCAGCAAGAGCUGCUGCAGGACUUCAGCAAGCGCUUCUCCCCCGCCAUCCGCGGCGUCGUCGAGUUCGCCAAGAAGCUGCCCGGCUUCCUCCACCUGGCGCAGGACGACCAGGUCACCCUGCUCAAGGCGGGCGUGUUCGAGGUGCUGCUGGUGCGCCUGGCGUGCCUGUUCGACGGCCAGACCAACUCCAUGGUCUGCCUCAACGGGCAGGUGCUCAAGCGCGAGAGCGUGCACAACUCGAGCAACGCGCGCUUCCUCAUGGACUCCAUGUUCGACUUCGCCGAGCGGCUCAACGCGCUGCGGCUCUCGGACGCGGAGAUCGCCCUGUUCUGCUCCAUCGUGGUGGUCGCCCCCGACCGGCCAGGCCUGCGCAACACCGAGCUGGUCGAGAGGAUGCACAACAAGCUCAAGCAGGCCCUGCAGGUGGUCGUCAGUCAGAACCACCCGGGCCAGAACCACAUCGUGCACGACUUGAUGAAGAAGGUGCCCGACCUGCGCACCCUCAACACCCUGCACUCUGAGAAGCUGCUCGCCUUCAAGAUGACCGAGCAGCAGCAGCAGCUCAACGCCCACCACCACCACAGCAUCCACAACGGCAGCAGCAGCAGUAGCAGCAGCAGUAGCAGCUCCAGCACCAACAUGUGGGGCACCAUGAUGUGCGGCGAGGUGGACGACAGCAGCAAGUCGCCCGCCGGCUCGUCGUCGUGGUCCUCCGCGUCCGACGUGACCAUGGACGAGGUGGUCAAGAGCCCGCUCGGCUCCGUGUCCAGCUCCGAGUCGGUGUGCUCCGGCGAGGUGGCCUCGCUGACGGACAGCCCGUACUCCAACGCCCACCACGGCCACCACCACCAGUCCAGCCACGCGUCCUCGGCGCCGCUGCUGGCCGCCACCCUGGCCGGCACGCUGGCAGUGUGUCCGCACCGCCACCGCGCCAACUCGGGCUCCACGUCCGGCGACGACGACAACCAGCACCACGCCAUGUCGCUGUCCGCCGCGCUCGGCCACGGCCGGCCCAUCGCCCACCACCGGUUCCCCAGGAAGCUGGACUCGCCCAGCGACUCGGGCAUCGAGUCCGGCACCGAGAAGCUGGACAAGCUGGGCGCGCACUCGGCGCCCACGUCCGUCUGCUCGUCGCCGCGGUCGUCGCUCGAGGACAAGGACGAGCACUCGCACCCCAGCCACGUGGAGGACAUGCCCGUGCUCAAGCGGGUGCUGCAGGCGCCGCCGCUCUGCGACACCAACUCCCUCAUGGACGAGGCCUACAAGCCGCACAAGAAGUUCCGCGCGCUGCGCCACAAGGACUCGGCCGAGGCCGAGCCCAUGGUGGUCGCCUCGCCCGCGCGCUCACCCGCGGCCGUGCACGUGUCCGCCGCCGCGGCCCCGCCCGCGUCGCAGGCCAGCCUCACGUCCUCGCUGUCCAGCACGCACUCCACGCUGGCCAGGAGUCUGAUGGAGGGGCCCCGCAUGACUGCAGAGCAGCUCAAGCGCACCGACAUCAUCCACAACUACAUCAUGGCGGGCCACACGGACACCUACCACCACUACAUUCCCCCCGCGCCCCACGCGCAGCAGCAGCGGUGGCCCGCCUCGGCCUCCGCCUCCUCGGGAGUCAUCACCUCGGCGGCCUCGGCGGCCUCGCCCGCGUCGCCCUUCGCGUACGCGUCGCCGCUCGCCCCCAACUCGACGAGCAGCCCCUCACCACCCCCCACGCAGCCCGGCGCCGAGCUGUCCAGGAUAUACCUGAGCAGGAGUCCCGCCUGCUCGCCGUCCUCCACCGGGCACGCCGCGCACGGAGCGCACGGCCACCUCGGCAGCCCGCACGCCGCGCACCCGCCCAAGCUGGUGGAGCUGCAGGUGGGCCUCGCCGCCAACUCGCAGCCGCUCAACCUUUCAAAGAAGUCACCAUCCCCCUCCCCCCGGCCCCUCUCGGCGCCACAACCCACCCCCCACAAAGUGGUGUCGUUAGAAGCCUAGGGCGUGCGGCGUCGUUACCGCCAAGUGUGAAUAGUACAAAGUACAGUGGUACAAACAGUCGCUUCAUGUCGCGGGUCGCGGAUUGGAUGCCUGUGCGCCCCACUCGGGGCGUCCAUAUCACUCUCUUCGAAGGUGCCACUUUUAAACUGUAUUAAGAACCAAAUAAUUUAUUAUUUCUUAAUUCUACGUGUGUUUUAAGUCUAUGUAUAGUGUUGCUGUGUUGCGAGGUGGGCCCUCAGCCUGGCCUCGUCCAGCAUCAAUCCUAAAUAAUAUUCAUUAUAUGUGAUAUAAUUCAAUGUAGGAAUUGCAUUUUUUUUAUUUGUGUAAAGUUUGUUGAGUCUAUUGUACAUCUUUUUUUUUCGAAUUUGUAAAGAAAAUUCAUUUAAUGUUAAUUUUUCUUCUCCUUCUGUACAUGCAUAUAAGAAAGGUGUUAGAUUAAAACCAACCUCAACGAUCGUAUGAGGAAAAUUGAGACUGAGGGAAGUCAACGGCACCCGGAAAUGAUUGAAAAAAAAAAUGUCGUGGUUGCUGUAUCGUAUGUACUUGUAGCUUUAGGCGUCUGUAUCAGUGUCUAGUUGUUAGUCAUCACCCCAAACACCGCUCCAAUAUUUAAUCUAUUCAAUUGUCUAAACUCCGACGGCCGUGACUUCCUACGUAUCCUGAGUCACUUUGAGCCUGCGAGCUCACGCGUGCCUCUGUAAUUGUUGUUGUUUUAUAUAAAAUAAUAUUAGAUGCAAUGCGUAUUUACUAGUACGUUUGACUCGGUCGGCAAUCCCAUCAUUUAGUAGAGAGGCUAAAUAAUUUUUGUUUCAUUGUCUUUUCUAAGAAAAGUAACUGACAUGAAAUUUUAAACUCCCUUUCUUACCCUACCAUAGUAGUCUUAACCAUUUUUGUCUUUCUCAAGAAAAGCAGGAAUUAUUAUAAAGUAAGCAAAUUUUUUCGCAUUUAUAAAAUAUAUUAUUUAUUGCAAUAUCUGUUGACCAAACAAUUGCUUGUUUAUAAUUAUUAUUAGUGUAAUAAUUUGGAGAGUAGCCUUCACUACACAGGUCGAAACGCCGUACCAGACCGGCCUUGCACAUGCAUAUGCAUGCAACGCCGGCAUGGCAUUGUUUGGUCAACAGAUCGAGAGUCCCCAGUGAAGGCAGCCUAGCCUCUAGUGUGGGCCGGUAGUUGGGCCUGCCCUACAGGCUGUGUGUGUCACAAGUAAAAGCGAUGUGAGUGUGCUUGUAAAAAUGUUUUGUAAGCUUGGGAGUGAGGAGUCGUCAGAAUAAACCUGAUGAAAUACAAAAAGAAACUUUA